UAUAUAAGCUGCUCCUCUAUCUUCUUCCCAGUCUCUCAGCGCCUUCUUCCCUGCCGAUUCGUCCCCCAUGGCGCUCGCCGCCGCUAACGCCACCUUCCGCCCUCGCCUCGUCAGCGCCUCUGCCGCCGCCGACACCUCCGACACCCACACCCGCCGCCGCCACUGGAAGGCCGGCGAGUUCCCCUUCCCCACCACCUCCCCUUCCUCCUCCGGCCGGAGACCCCGGCCGACCACCACGAAGGAGCGCCCGCCUCCGCCGUCCAAGGGCAAGAAGGAAGACCCAAUCCCAUCCCCACAGGGGAGAGGCCAGAGGCACUGGAAGGCGGGGGAGUUCCCGGAAUCCCAAUCCGGGGGCAGCCGGUCCCGCUCUCGCACCCCCAUCAAGAACAUCCGGAAGCGGCAGGACGCCCGCUCCGACGCCAAGGCCUGGGCCCCCACCGUCACCGAGGCCCUCUCCGACCGCAUCGCCGCCAAGAACUGGCCGGAGGCGCUCCAGGUGUUCGAGAUGCUCAAGGAGCAGCCCUUCUACUACCCGAAAGAGGGCACCUACAUGAAGCUCCUGCUGCUGCUGGGCAGGUCCGGCCAGCCUGCUCUGGCGCACCGCCUCUUCGCCGAUAUGCAGCAGCAAGGGUGCCAGCCGACACCGGAGCUCUACACGGCACUCAUCGCCGCCUACUGCCGCAGCGGCCUCCUGGACGACGCGCUCCGGCUGCUCGGUGACAUGAAGGCCGCGCCGCUCUGCCAGCCCGAUGUCUACACCUACAGCACCCUCAUCAAGGCCUUGGUCGACGCCUCGAGGUUUGACCUCGUCGACGCCAUGUACAAAGAGAUGGCCGAACGCGGCGUCGCGCCCAACACAGUCACGCAGAACAUUGUUCUCAGUGGGUACGGCAGGGCCGGGAGGAUGGACGACAUGGAGAAGCUGCUCUCUGCUAUGCUCGACAGCACGGCUAGUAAGCCGGAUGUCUGGACCAUGAACAUCAUCCUCAGCCUGUUUGGGAACAGUGGACAGGUUGAUCUCAUGGAGAAGUGGUAUGAGAAGUUCCGAGGCUACGGGAUCGAGCCCGAGACCCGGACGCUCAACAUUCUCAUUGGUGCUUACGGGAAGAAGCGGAUGUAUGACAAAAUGUCUGCGGUGAUGGAGUUCAUGCGCAAGCUAGCGUUCCCGUGGACGACCUCCACAUACAACAAUGUGAUCGAAGCAUUUGCCGAGGCCGGCGACGAGAAGAACAUGGAGCAAACAUUUAACCAGAUGCGCUCCGAGGGGAUGAAGCCGGACACCAAGACCUUCUGUUGUCUCAUAAACGGGUUUAGCAAAGCAGGCCUUUUCCAUAAGGUGGUGGGCAUGGUAAAGCUUGCUGAGAGGCUCGAUGUACCAGCAAAUACGUCUUUUCACAACUCUGUUCUCGCGGCAUGCGCGAGAGCAGGGGAUCUGGUGGAAAUGGAGAGGGUCUUUAGGCACAUGAAGCAUGUUCAGUGCGCUCCAGAUGCCACAACAUAUUCUAUCUUGGUGGAAGCUUAUCGGAAGGAAGGAAUGACUGACAAGGUGUAUGAUCUGCAACAGGAGAACCCGAGCCUGGUUUCGACUGAGCUUGUCAUGGUGUAACUGACCCCAUUUACUUGAUUAUGAUGUUGAGUUCAUCUAACUGGUAUGAUGAAAAAGAAAACCGUUUUUGUUCAUCCGUGUCUGGAAUUCAUAAUAAUGCUGUAAAGCUAAUUAUCUACUGCCCAGAAUUGUUUCAUGAUACUAUAAACCUGGGAUCCAUUUAAGAUAAUAGACCUGAUGAAGCCUCAAGAGAUACAGUUAGUCAGUUGCAAGGAUGGGUGCUACAAAUGUCUCCUGGCCGGCUACAAACAUCAUCAGUUCAAUUGUUCAAAUGCAGGUGCUUCUAGCAUAAACAAAGCUUGUGUAAAAUCUAUUUCUAGCUGCAUUUGAACCUGAUGAAGACAGACUGCAGCCCAGAAUCUUGCUGGAGGAACUGAAGGUUUAGAUAUCACUGUAAUGUACUGAUUGAAGUGUGGUCAACACUCGAUAAGUAUGAUCUGAAA